AGCCGGCGAGCGAGCAGCAGGGACUGCUCCUGGCGCACUCACUUCCGCGUCCCGCCGCCCUCCGGCCCGCGCGCGCCGAUCCGCCGCCGCCAUCGGACAAUGGGCCGCCAGCCCCAGCUGCCGUGAACUUCCUGCCGCUGCUCGGCCGCCCGUGCGUCCCGGACGGCGCUCCCGCCAGGCGCCGGCCGGGAUCGCAGCUCCGGGGAAGCAGCGGAGGACCCAGCGCCCGGGACGUACCUGCGCCUCAGCCUCCGCGCCUUUGCUCCGGCCCGACUCGCGGCCUCGGCGCCCUCCUGGCCGAUUCAGCUUCACCCGACCCAGUCGGCUGCUGCCUUGCUGUGGGUUUCCGCGUUUGGUUGCCUAAGGAGGAUGUGAUUUUACUUUUUUGCUGUUUUCUUUUUCCUUUUAUAAUUUGGAGAGGAGAAAAGAACUCCGCUGAGCAGGCCCGGGACAGCAAAGUGCCACCAGCUACCCCAACAAGGACGUCUCCAGGGGAAAGGGAGUUGGAAGCCAACUUGGUCCAGCUGGCGUUGAGGUCUCAACUUCGGCUGAACUCUUAAGUCCUGGGGUCAUGCCCUUCAUGCUAGGCAGGUGGAAGUCUUUACCUGUACUGGGUCGGACUUGAGCCCCGACCCUUCGCCAGCAUCUCCCCGCCGCCCUCCACACACACACACACACACACACACACACACACACACACACACGGCACCUGGGCUAGGCCGGGACACCUGUCUGCAGCAUGGAUAAGUAUGACGACCUGGGCCUGGAGGCCAGUAAAUUCAUCGAGGACCUGAACAUGUAUGAGGCCUCCAAGGAUGGGCUCUUCCGAGUGGACAAGGGUGCAGGCAACAAUCCCGAGUUUGAGGAAACUCGCAGGGUGUUCGCCACCAAGAUGGCCAAAAUCCACCUCCAGCAGCAGCAGCAGCUCCUGCAGGAGGAGACCCUGCCCAGGGGAAGCAGAGGCCCUGUCAAUGGAGGGGGCCGCCUGGGCCCACACACCCGUCGGGAAGUUGGUGUGGGCAGCAAGCUGACUGUGGAUGGUGCUGCCAAGCCUCCUCUUGCUGCCUCGACAGGGGCGCCUGGGGCAGUCACCACCUUCGCUGCUGGGCAGCCCCCGUACCCACCGCAGGAGCAGAGAUCCAGGCCAUACCUGCAUGGCACAAGGCAUGGCAGCCAGGACUGUGGUUCCAGGGAGAGCCCGGCGACUUCUGAGAUGUCUGCUUUGCACCAGCCAGGCCCUUGCGAGGAUCCUUCCUGCCUCACUCACGGAGACUAUUACGACAACCUCUCCUUGGCAAGCCCAAAGUGGGGUGACAAACCAGGAGUGUCCCCCAGCAUCGGCCUGAGUGUAGGGAGUGGGUGGCCUAGCUCCCUGGGGAGUGACCCACCACUGCCCAAACCCUGUGGGGACCAUCCCCUAAACCAGCGACAGCUCUCCCUGAGCUCCAGCAGAUCAUCUGAGGGUAGCCUCGGUGGUCAGGAUAGUGGCAUUGGUGGCCGCAGCAGCGAGAAGCCAACAGGCCUUUGGUCCACUGCCUCCUCCCAGCGGGUGAGCCCUGGCCUGCCUUCCCCAAACUUGGAGAAUGGAGCACCAGCUCUGGGGCCUGCUCAGCCCAGGACCCCUUCUGUGUCAGCACCCCUGGCCCUGAGCUGCCCCAGGCAAGGAGGUCUUCCAAGAUCAAACUCGGGGCUGGGGGGUGAGGUUUCAGGUGUGAUGUCCAAACCCAAUGUGGCCCCCCAACCUUGGUUCCAGGAUGGGCCCAAAUCUUACCUUUCCAGUUCUGCCCCGUCAUCCUCGCCAGCUGGCCUGGACAGUUCACAGCCGGGUGCGAUCCCUGGGCUGGGGCCGAAGCCUGGCUGCACAGACCUUGGCACUGGUCCCAAGCUCAGCCCCACCAGUCUUGUCCAUCCAGUGAUGUCCACCCUGCCUGAGUUAUCUUGUAAAGAGGGUACCCUGGGCUGGUCUUCUGAUGGUAGCCUGGGGCCUGUGCUCCUGGAGAGCCCAAGUUCCCCUAGGGUGAGGCUGCCCUGCCAGCCCCUGGUCCCAGGUCCUGAACUGAGACCUUCUGCUGCUGAGUUGAAAUUAGAAGCCCUCACCCAGCGUCUGGAGCGAGAGAUGGAUGCUCACCCGAAGGCCGAUUACUUUGGAGCCUGUGUGAAAUGCAGCAAAGGGGUGUUUGGGGCUGGCCAGGCCUGCCAGGCCAUGGGGAACCUCUACCACGACACAUGCUUUACCUGUGCAGCUUGCAGCCGGAAGCUGAGAGGAAAAGCCUUUUAUUUUGUCAACGGCAAAGUGUUUUGUGAAGAAGACUUCCUGUACUCUGGUUUCCAGCAGUCGGCUGACAGGUGUUUUCUUUGUGGACAUCUGAUCAUGGACAUGAUCCUGCAAGCCUUGGGGAAGUCCUACCACCCCGGCUGUUUCCGCUGUGUCGUCUGUAAUGAGUGUUUGGAUGGGGUGCCCUUCACCGUGGACUCGGAGAACAAGAUCUACUGUGUCCGAGAUUACCACAAGGUGCUGGCCCCCAAGUGUGCAGCCUGUGGGCUUCCCAUCCUUCCACCUGAGGGCUCAGAUGAGACCAUCCGUGUCGUGUCCAUGGACAGAGACUACCACGUGGAGUGUUACCACUGCGAGGACUGUGGUCUGGAGCUCAAUGAUGAAGAUGGCCACCGCUGUUAUCCGCUGGAGGACCACUUGUUCUGUCACUCCUGCCACGUGAAGAGGCUGGAGAAGAGACCCUCGUCCACAGCCCUUCAUCAGCACCACUUCUAGCCAGAGCCACUUGCAGACAUCACGGCAGGGGAUGAGGAGCCGGGGUUGCUGCUGCUGCUUCCGGUGGCCCCUGGGGUGGAAGUGGGGUAGGGGAAGAGGAGGGGUGGAAGGGAGAGUUCCUGUGAGCAUGUGUGGGGUGCCUUUCCUGUAACCAGGGAGGUGAACACUACCUGCCUGCUAUGUGUGUUUUCCAAGUGCUUUUCUCUGUUGCCACAUUUUCCUCAGGUUACUCAGGAAAAUGCUCCAGCAUGUGCAUAGCAUAUGACCUGAGGUUGCAUCAUUGCAACAAAGGAAUCCUCCUGUCCCCUCUGGAAACAUUUCAUGCUUCUGAAGGAGAGGUUCUUAUUGAGCUUGUUUCACAAUAUCCCCUUGAAGGGACAGCUCAGCUGCCAAUACAUUCACCCCUUUCUCUUCCUUCAGGAAAAUACCUAUACCCAAAUGCCCCCUCCCCCCAUACAUAUCAUGGCAUGAUUUAAGUCUUCUUUUCACCCAAGAGCUUCAGUUCUUCUGCAGAAUGGCUGCAAAUUUAAUUGCAUUAAGGCAAGAAGGAAGCUCUAAUAUGUGUUUUGUAUCCUAAGACGAAUUUGCUUAGAAAACCAGAGGCAAGAUUUGAAAUAAGUGAGGCAGGGUUUCCUCCUUAGACACUGACAGCAUUCUCUGUGCCCCUGCAAAUCCUUACUCUCCUAAAGGCAGCUGAGGCCCCGACAGAAAUUUGCCCUAUGUGAGUAAAACAUGCUUUGGGAGAAGAACUUGGUGCAGGCACCAGGAUUUUUUUUUUUUGCUCACGUCUUUGUGCUGUUUUUCUCUGGAGUUUUCGAGAGUCAGUGACUUGGAAGGCCACUUCUGCAAGGCAAGUCUCAGGAACCCAUGCAGGUACAUCAUCACUUGCACCUGUUUUUAGCUUAUUUAAUGACAGGCUUUUGGGAAGAACUGCCUGCAUACUGAGAGACAGCUUCUUAUAAACAAGGAGAGUUUUUGUGUGUGCGAGAUCUCUAAGCCAGCGUGGGAGGGAGUGCCUCAGGAUAAGUUAUUAUAUUCAUUUUGUUGGUUUCUCUCCUGCCCAGUUCUUGGCAGAGGCAUUAUGUUGGAAGAAACCAGUAUAAGGUACACUGCUUUUGUCUGUUUUUUUAGUUGUUUCCCUUCACUUUCAGUCUUCCACACACAAAAAAUACCUCACAGAUAGAGCUUCACCAAAUCACAGAUUCAGGAGGAAUUUGGCUUUCACACUGGACUCAGAUGUCUUCUUCGGUGUGUUGGAAAUCACUGGCUUCCCACAGGCCCAACUCCAGCUGGUCAGGGCAGAGUGAUCGUAACUAAAGGUCAGUGGGGAAUAGAUCCGAUUCAGUGCUUUUACCUUAUGCAUUCCAGCAUCCUGGCUUCCCAGGGUGGCAGGAGCUGAGGGAGGGCCACACACUGGCGAGAUUUCAAGACCACUGUCUGCACUAAAGAGGUAAAAUUUGCGCUGCAAGUCACAUCGCUGAGGCUGGAGGCCAAUACCCCUUGGUAUUUUGAUUAGAAGAAGCUGCAAAAGAGAGGCAGUCCAUUUUACCAUUGCCAGCCAGGCUGGGGACACGGGAGCCGGUGUGUGCACUCUGCCUCCUCACAUUGCACCCAGAGCAAGAGGACUGGGUGCUGGGCUGCUGAGGGCGGUCAGUGGAGCCCCUAGCACAUGUGAACUCAGGCUUUUCAUUGGGCCUGGCUCUACUUCUAGGCCAUGUUUUGACUCAUUUGGUAACCAUUGCCUGUAAAAAGCACAGAAUUGGUGCCAUGGAUUAUCCUUUCCAUGUUGAUGAAAUUCAUUCUGUUGGAAUCCUUUGGCCAGAUGUCACUUCAGCCAGGGUGUGCAUUGUCAUUGGUUCUUUUUCACAGGCUGAGCCUCCUGAAAACCCAUGAACGCUGGGGUUGGGGAAGUGAACCCUGAGGUGGGGACCCUCUCUUCCCAUCAAGUCCUCCAGCUCAGUGUGGGCACGGCAGGGGGUGAAUGAAGCCAGCCAAUGUGUUAACCUGUCUCUGUCAACCUAAGAAUGUUGGCCUUUACUGACACACCUUUGCUCCAUGUUCAAGACCAGAAGUAGCUGGGAUUUGUUUGCAAAUCGGGUAAUUAGUUUAAAAAUCUGUGAUUACAUUUUUAAAUGAAAUUUUUAAAGUGGCCUAGAUUGAGGUGAUUCAGAUAGGUUUGCAAAUAUACCAUUUUAUAUUGUCGAGAAAGAACCAUAAGGGAAUUUCCAGAUGUCCUAGAAAUCCUAGCAACAGAUUUCUCUGGUUGUCAGUUUCCCUGGAGAAGGCGCCAGGUAGGAAUCUCCGAUCAGUUGUUUUUCUCCCCGCUUCAGGCCCUUGCACAAAAGCCAUGAAGAGAUGUUCACCUACCUGGUAUUUUAAAUAUAAAUUAUUAGCCAAAUAGAAUUGUAAUGGGGUUGUAUUUAUGGGCGCCUAGAAGGCAAACACAAGGACUUGGUAGGCCAGGAAGAAAAGGUUUUAAAAUUUAGAAUGAAUAGCCCUCCUGGAUUUUCUUUUUGACAAUUCUUGGACUUUAGAUAAAACAAGGAGGAUUGUGGCCGGAUUUCAGAUCCCAAAGCCAGCCUUCAUCUUAGGCCUUUGCCUCAUCGUGCCUUUUAGGUUUUCUUACCCACUGUCUCCUGUUUUGUCUUUUUCUUCUUUUCCCCUACCCCUAUCUUGGAACAUUCAGAAACUGCCUGGGUGGUUUGAGAAGAGACAACCCAGUUUGACCUGCAAUGUAAGGAUCCAUUCGUAAUCUCUCUCACUGAUGUUAUUUCCCCAUCUGCUGUCUUGGUUCAUCUCACCACAGAAGGGCAUUUAGUCCUAACCAGCCAUCGGCUGCGUAUGGCAGCAGGAUGGCACCUCCCAUUUCUCUGUGGUUAGUGCUCAAGUGAAAACCUCUUUCAGCUGAGUCCUCUGAGGUUCUGCUGUUGAGUCCUGGGUGGCUGAUGGAAUGAUUGAGGAGGUCUGGUCACCCUCAAGCGCCAUCAUCGCCUUGUUUCUGUGGGCUUGUGUCACACAAAAUGAAGAACAGAAAUGUUAGGACUUAAGAGAAUGUUUGGAAAUCACACCCCUUUGCAGUCCUUUCAAGGCUGCUGCUAUGUGCUGUGUCCCGUGCAUGUGAAAGUCGAGCUGUGAUGGCUGCUGGGACCCCUGCAAAGAUCAUGUGUGAGAAUUGAGCACAAGACCACAAAUUAUUACUGCUUGAUGCACUUGUUAAAACUCUAUCUGCCAGGAAACCAAAUUUUUUUUUUUUUUUUUGAGGCAGGACCUCACUCUGUUGCCCAGGCUGGAGUGCAGUGGUGCAAUCUCAGCUCACCGCAGCCUCCAUCUAGUGGGUUCAAGUGAUCCUCCCACCUCAGCCUCAGUAGCUGGGACCACAGGCAUGUACGACUACCCCUGGCUAAUUUUUGUAUUUUUAAUAGAGAUGGGUUUCACCAUGUUUCCCAGGAUGGUCUGGAACCCCUGGGCUCAAGUGAUCUGCCCACCUCCACCUCCCAAAGUGUUGGGAUUAUGGCCAUUAGCCACUGUACCUGGCACAAUUUUUUUUUGUACCUUCCUUUAUGCCAAGAAUCAGUCCUAAUUUCUGUACUAUGUGAAGGAACUUUUAAAAGUAACAGAAAACGCCAGGCACAGUGGCUCAUGCCUGUAAUCCCAGGCGCUGUGGCUCAUGCCUGUAAUCCCAGCACUUUGGGAGGCUGAGGUGGGUGGAUCACUUAAGGUCAGGAGUUAGAGACCAGCCUGACCAACAUGGUGAAACACUGUCUCUACUAAAAAUACAAAAUUAGCCAGGUAUGGUGGUGCAUGCCUGUAAUCCCAGCUACUUGAGAGGCUGAGGCAGGAGAAUUACUUGAGCCUGGGAGGCAGAGGUCACAGUGAGCCAAGAUGGUGCCAUUUCACUCUGACCUGGGCAACAGAGCGAAACUCUGUCUCAAAAAAGAAAAGAAAAGAAAAGUAACAAAAAAGAGUGAAAUAUAUUAGCUGUCUUUUAUUCUGAGCCAAAACUUGACAGAUGUGGGAAAUCUCCAUAUAGUGUAUGAAAAUUUCAUUGUACAGGGAAAUUAUUUUCCUCUGUGUCUUUCCUUUUACUAUAAAGUGAUUCAGAAUUUUACUGUUACUAUAAAAUUAUGCAAAGUAUUGUGACAAAACUGCAUCAAUUUGUUGACUAUUAAAGUGCUCCUUGAACAUUA